AUGCUUCUCAAAGAGAUAUCCAUAAUAUUUGCUCUAGUUGCUACUGUUCGUGCUGUGGUAAUAACUUCUACACUAGUGACCAACGUGGCAGGGGUACCUACUACUCAUGUAACUAUUUUCGAUCCGGCUGCCACCACUACUCCUGCAGCGGUAGCCGGUAAUCCUGGAGCCGCAGCUGAUGUUGGGGCAGCACCUGGUGGUGGUGCCCGUCCUGGUAAUGCUGGAGAUGCUCCCACCCAUUCUGUUUCUGCGGUAACUACUCCAACCGAACCGAUAGUGAAUUCCAAUAAUGCUCCUGACCCUUCUACUACUAUGAACACUUUAGACAGCGUUCCUACAGAUCAGAUUGACUUGUAUGUGACCUUUGUAACAGAUGGUGUUACGACGACUGCUUUGAGAGAUCCUACACUUAUAUGGUACACUUUUUUAAUUGAUGGCAAAUCGCAAGGUAUAAAGAGUGCGUACCACCAGUACUUCACUAGUCAGUAUAACAGCGUUGAAACACCAAGUUCAGGAUCUAUUGGAUUGGGCUCGAUUCAGGGCGCUGUAGGGUCAGUCAAAGCACCUACAAUCACUACUUUGACUGAUUCUAGUGUUGGCGGACAGCAUGCCUUGUCGCCACAUAUAGGCUCACUGUCAUUUAUACUGCUAGCCUUAAUCGGUUUAUUGUAA